AAAGUUUUUUUGCAAGGGCAGAGCAAUCCUCGUCAGUUUUUCCGUGCUUAUAGUUAGUGUUUAAAGUCAUCUCAGAAAGAUUAACUGUUGAGGGAAAUCCGAGUAAAAGAGAUGGAAUCCAGUGAUGUACUUGAUUCUGCUGUCAGAGUCAAAGAGGAGAUGAAUGAUGUGUCUAUUAUUAGAAAUAACUGUGAAAUGAUUGACGAGAAAUCAAAUCUCCAAUGUCCAAAGAUCCAAAACUUCCCAAUCAUACCGUUUCGGCAAGAAAAUUCCAACCAUAAGCUUCGAAAAUGUGACACUAAACUCGAAAGAAAACAUGACAAGGACGUGGAGAUAGUUUUCGAAUGCGAGGACGUCAAACCAAAUAUUAAUUUACAAACAGCUAAAAAAAUGAAUGAUUACUCUACAAAUUCCUUGCGGAGUGUAAAAGAGGGCAACAGUUAUAAAACGCGAAACUUAGUAAAGAAAGAGGCCACGCAAGAAAUAAAACAAGAAAUUUUUGGUGACACAUCAGGGACAUCGAAUUUGAACUUCGACGAACAAAAGCUUAAAAUACAUAUCAGUUCGGUUAAUAACGAUGCACGCCAUCUACGUAAAAUAAGCGGAAAAAAAUUUCCACAUGAAAGCAGUCUGAGAAGGCAUGUCAAAUCAUUUCAUCACUGUAUUACUUACUCGUGUGAUAUAUGCGGAAAGACGUAUAAAGGAAAGAGUGAACUGUAUAAGCACGUUCAAUCAGUACAUGAUGGUGUCACCCACUCAUGUAAUAUUUGCGGCAAGAUGUUUAAAAGAAAGAUUGGUCUGACGAGGCACGUUAAAUCAGCGCAUAAUGGUGUCACGUACUUAUGUGAUAUUUGCGGAAAAUCAUUUACAUAUAAAAUUAGUCUCAAAUACCACAUCGAUUCUGUGCACAAUGGAAUCAAACAUGCAUGUGAUAUUUGCGAAAAGACAUUCUCAGCCAAAUGGUAUAUCAAAAUCCACAUCAAUGCGGUGCACAAUAGGAUUACUUACUCAUGUGAUUUUUGCGGCAAGACUCUUAGAAGAAAGGGCGAUCUAAAGAAGCAUGUUGAAUACACGCAUAAUGGUGUCAUCCACUCAUAUCUAGUGAAAUUGUUCAGUAAACUAAUUUAA